AUGCGAUUCUCUUCAAGUUUAGAGUCGCUUGCGCCUCGCCGCGCUACGCCGCGCAACGCCGCGCAACGCCGCGCAACGCCGCGCAACGCCGCGCAACGCCGCGCAACGCCGCGCAACGCCGCGCAACACCGCGCAACGCCGCGCAACGCCGCGCAACGCCGCGCAACGCCGCGCAACGCCGCGCAACGCCGCGCAACACCGCGCAACGCCGCGCAACGCCGCGCAACGCCGCGCAACGCCGCGCUACGCCGCGCAACGCCGCGCAACGCCGCGCAACGCCGCGCAACGCCGCGCAACGCCGCGCAACGCCGCGCAACGCCGCGCAACACCGCGCAACGCCGCGCAACGCCGCGCAACGCCGCGCAACGCCGCGCAACGCCGCACAACGCCGCGCAACGCCGCGCAACGCCGCGCAACGCCGCGCAACGCCGCGCAACGCCGCGCAACGCCGCCCUACCCCCAAACCCCGUUCUGUUUACCUAA